ACGACCUUUGCGAGAAGAAAGUGCUGGACUGCAGCAGUAAAGAAAGCUUCGUGAACUUUCUGAGCAUCACGAACCUACAAAGCGUGAUGAAGCCAGACAUAACAGUCAUGGCUAGGCUGGCUGCCUUCGUGAACAGCUUAAAUCGGGUGGUGAAUAAUAUGUACCAAGACGCCCAGCGUUCAGCCUUUGAAGGAUUCUUUAAGUACAGAGGCCAGGCCCGUCAAACCCAGUUGAGGGCCAUCGCGCAGCAUCGAGUAGACAUCAAAGAGGGCACGGAUCUACUCCUGCCGGAGAUGCUGGACCCUUGCUUCAUCACUGCCUUCCAGAAGAAGACCAACGACACGGCCGAAUUCCUGCGGAGUCUGGCCGACGACUACUGCACCAGCUACUGCAAAUUCCUCGCAGCGGCGGCGCGCUUCGUCAACUGCGCCACCCGCUACAAGUGCGACCAGCUCCUCUGGGGCAGGUGCCGGGAGUUCGCGGGGGUUCGCAACGUCUGUUUCUGCGUCCAAGCCCCCUACGUCUUCAGCUUCUGGGCCGCCAGAGACCUCGUCGCCAGUCAACGCUGGAUCCCGGGUGCCGCCUUCGUCAGGAUGACCCUCUGCAACAACGCUCUCCUCAACUACAAGUUCCUCUGAAGUCGCUGGGAACAAACUUAAAAAU